GCCAUUUUGAAAGUAGCCUUAAAAUGGCAGAAAAAUGCAGGAAAGAGGCAGGGGCACUGCCAAGGUUUCUUCUCUUUAUUUGAAUAACCAAGCGCUACCCCGCUGUUUUACUUAUUUCGGGGUUUAAUGGAGAAACAGAAAGUCGAGCGCAGAUAAAAUGGAUAUCACAACUGCGGUAUUUAAUGCGGCGAGAGAUGGUAAACUGAAACUUAUCCAGAAGUUGCUGAGCAACAAAACUCCGGAGGAGUUGGAAGCGCUUACCGAUGAGAAGACCCAGGGAGGCACCCCACUGUUGAUCGCUUCACGAUAUGGACACUUGGAGGUAGUUGACUAUUUGGUCGAACAUUGUAAGUCAAAUGUUGAACUGGGGGGCUCUGUGAACUUUGAUGGCGAAACGAUCGAGGGCGCCCCUCCUCUGUGGGCGGCUUCUGCGGCAGGUCAUCUGCCUGUCGUUAGAACUCUUCUUAAGCACGGUGCCUCAGUCAACAACACAACUUUGACCAACUCCACUCCAUUGCGAGCUGCCUGCUUUGAUGGUCACUUGGAGAUCGUUCGCUACCUGGUCGAACACAGGGCAGACAUGGAGGUAGCUAACCGCCAUGGCCACACUUGCCUAAUGAUCUCAUGCUACAAAGGCCACAGAGAGAUAGCCAAGUUUCUUUUGGAGCGGGGAGCAGAUGUGAAUCGUAAAAGCGUUAAGGGCAACACUGCCUUACACGAUUGUGCUGAGUCUGGCAGCCUAGAAAUUAUGAAAAUGCUGCUGAAGUGCAAUGCUAGAAUGGAGAAGGACGGCUAUGGCAUGACCCCUCUCCUUGCCGCCAGUGUCACGGGCCACACCAACAUUGUGGAGUACCUCGUUCACCAGCCUCGAGCCACAAGGGAGGAGCGCAUUGAUGCCCUCGAACUGCUGGGCGCAACCUUCGUGGACAAGAAACGUGACCUGUUGGGAGCCAUGCGAUACUGGCGCCGGGCCAUGGAGUUGCGGCAGCCAGGAGACCUGACUAGCUCACUAUCAAAGCCUCCUCCGGGACCCCCAGUGCCUGCUUAUGACUGUGCCCAGGAGGUGAGCACUGCAGAGGAGCUGGAGGCUCUCAUCACUGACCCUGAUGAGAUGCGGAUGCAAGCACUGCUGGUGCGUGAGCGCAUCCUUGGGCCCUCGCACCCAGACACAUCCUACUACAUCCGAUAUCGGGGCGCUGUGUAUGCUGACUCUGGCAACUUUGAGCGUUGCAUCAGCCUGUGGAAGUAUGCACUGGAUAUGCAGCAGAGCAACCUGGAUCCACUCAGCCCCAUGACCGCCAGUAGUUUCCUGUCAUUUGCAGAGCUUUUCUCUUUUGUUCUACAGGACCGUGCCAAGGGCACCUUGGCCACACGAGUCACCUUCCAUGACCUGAUGGGUGUGCUGGCCAAGAGUGUGCGUGAGGUGGAGAGGGCGGUGGCACAGCGCGACAACCCCCCAGAAGCCUCGCAGUUCACCAAAGCCCUGUCCAUCAUCCUGCACCUGCUGUUCCUGCUGGAGAAGGUGGAGUGCUGUCCGGACGAGGAACACCGCAAACGCCAGACUGUUUACCGUCUGCUCAAGCUCAACCCGCGGGGCCGCAAUGGCUACACACCCCUGCACAUGGCCGUGGACAAGGACACCACAUCUGUGGGGCGCUACCCUGUGGGGCGCUUCCCCUCCCUGGCUGUGACUGGGCUGCUGCUAGAGUGUGGGGCCGACGUGGACUCUCGGGACUGCGACAACAACACGCCCCUCCACAUCGCUGCCACCAACGGCUGCCCCGAGAUCAUGGCGCUGCUGGUUCGGGCAGGGGCCCACUUUGACGCCACCAACUCUCAGCGUAAGAGUGCCUACGAGCUGCUGGAUGAGCAGAGCAGUGGUCGCCACGCGCUCCACCCGCUCAGCUACGUCACACUGCAGUGCCUGGCCGCCCGUGCCAUCGAGAAGCACAGACUGCCCUACAAGGGACUGAUCUCCGAGGAGAUGGAGGCCUUCAUCGAGCUGCACUGACCUCACCCGCCCACUUCCCUUAUCUCCCACCCUCCUGCUCCGCCAGUACCUCACCCCUUCCCCACCUCCCCCUCCUUCUCCGCCCCUUCCCACCUGGCUUCCCUGUAACCCCCCCUAUCCUUCUGAGCCUCCCCAAACCUCGCUCAGGCUUAGACCAAAUGAAAGCAAUAAUCCCAGGCCACUAAUCGCAAAAUAAUGAAAGGAUUUGUACUUUGCAGCCAAUGUGUGUUGAGAUCUUUCUUUCGUUCUCUCUGUCUGCCUCUGGAGUUUUCUGUUGCAGGGCUUGUGAAUAGAAAAAAAGACACUUUUGAUGUGCUGUGGUGCUUUUUACAGCCAGCUGAUGGGUAGACCUUUUGGUUUGAUUUGCGCCUCUCUGUUCUUGAUCAGUCUUUUGUCCCGGCUGCGACAGGUGAACAAUUCUGCAAUGCCAGUGAUUUCAGUGUUUUAUUGUAUUUAAUUCUGAAGGUGGUGGCUUUAGCAUCAGUUUCAAACCUGGGCUUUUUGCUUCAAUUAGGAAUGAUAAAAGUAAGCCUUUUAAAGAUUUUACUGCAUGGGCAUGGGAACAGAGAGCUGAGUGGCUUGAAUAAUGUGCUUUAUUCUGCCUCUCAUCUAAUGCAAGUGAAUUUAAUGAACAUUAUCAGGGCAAAGCGGUUUUGUCUUAUUCACCCUCCAACGUUAUUUAGCCUGUUCCUCUCAUUUUCUUUUACAUUCAUCGGAGGGGUUUAAAAAGAAAAAAAAACUGCCAAAUGAUUAGCCUCAUGUUCUCUUGAAUCUUUUCUGUGUGUGUUGUCGAUGAUACUACUAGCCAUUCAUUUCUCUUUCUCCUAAAUGGGCCCUACGUUGUGAUCUUGAGAAGUGGGGACUCCCCGUCAUGGCACCCUCUGCCUCGGUGCUCUGGUGGCCUCCUUGUUGGAUCACCAGAGUGAAGCCACACCUGGUCACCUGAAGGCAGCGUCACAUCAUAAGAUUGAUGGUAUGCACUCCAUUAAAACCAGAUUUCAGUUUUAGGACUUGGCACUUUACCCAUCAUAAGGUCAUCCAUCGUCGGUUGCUGAAGUUACAUGGAAAUCUAUGCAUUAUUAUGUUGAAAUGUGGUGUUAUUAUCAGCAGCUGUAUGUACUGAUGACAACAGUUUUGGCAACCUGGUUUACAGGGUAUGGUAAUGACUUUACUUCUACACCCUAGUCUUAUUUUGACCCCACUUCUGUGUUUGAGUCAUUAUUAUCUGCGUUGUUUGUGUGUGUGUUCAGUUAAAUCCCACCCGGUUUGAAAGCACUUUGACAAAAUCCUAAUCCCUUUCUUCUAAACCAGGGACAUUCUCCAAACUGAUUCGAUUAAUUUAAAACCAUUACUUAAGAACACAAAAACAUGUUUUGAGAUGCCUGAAUAAAAUUCAGUAUCCCAAA